CUCUCCUCUUCUCGCGCGCGCAUUCCAAUACUAUACCCUCUCCUUUUCUCCAAUUGCACUCACUUCUCCCAUCCCCCAGGGUUUGCACUUUUUUGGUCCAGAACUGAGGCCGACGAUAUCUGGACGCCAUUGCAAAAGGUCUCCAUUUGUUGUCGCGGCGCCCCAAACACCAAAAGCCCUUUUAUAACUACUACUUUCCAGCCCCUGCCUGCCUGUCCUGCCCUGCCCUGCCCUUUUCGCCUCUUGUCGCCUCGCCAUCUUGCCUCGGCCUGCUUGCACCGUCUGUCUGGCUGUGACCUCUUCGUCUGGACGGAAACACCGUGUUCUCAAAAUUGAACCCGAGGCAUCGAGUCCGGAAUACGAAGAGCAAGCCCCCUUUCCACACUCUCGGGCCUGUCGUUUUCUCUGCAUCGCCUCAUCCAACUUUGGCACCCCUCUGCUUCGUCCUUGCCCGUGGGCGAGUCUACUCGAACCACGGCACACCUGCAUGUAAGUCGGUCACUCUGUGUGCCCCAAUUCCGCGGCUGAGGCCCCUCCCCCUCCCUCCCCCUUUCCAGGUUAGAAGGGGCCCAGCGGCUUGCCCUUGCCUAAUGCCCUGCUGUAAUGUCGUCCACGCCCCCAGCAGCUGCUUGCACUUAUUAGUCCACCCUGCAUUCCUCGCCAGGCCCGCCCCAUCAGUCUCUGGCUUGCAUUCCAGACACGGGUCAACUGCUCCUGCCACAACAUCCAGGUCGCGCUCCGGCUGUUACUAAUGCCCAGUUUCGCCUCUAGACACACAAGCGUCGCGUCCAUCUCACAACUGCCGGCUGCGCUCAAUUGCGUCGAGCUCCGCCUCGCUGGCCGCGGCCGUCUUUACAUCUCCGGGUCCCCGUCAACGCCAACGAACCCCAUCGCAGAACGACUUGUGACGACAUCCCCUUGGGACUCCUUUUCCUGCGCUAUUUGGAUAGUCAAAGCCAUUACUUUGGAGCCAGGGCGCGGCUGGCCGUUGCUCUGGGACGCGCCGUCACCGCUAGACCGUGUGGCUACGACCAGAUGAGCGUGGUAUUCGUCUUCAGGGUUUCGCAGCCGCAAUGCUGAGCGACCGAUCGUCGCGAACAGUUCUAUACGUGGCCCCGCUGGAGAUUCCUGAGUCGCAGCCACAGGACGGUGCCAAUGGCUCAGGCCACCAAGAACAUCAGACGAAUCUCUGCUCACAAACCCCUAUGACUCCGCCAGAAACACCCAACAGCUCCCAGGAGGACCUGACGCCGGAGCCUCUUGCUCCGCCCGUCUUCCACAACUUCCUCAGGGCCUUCUACCCAUUCAACCCUGGCUAUGCCUUAUCCGACUCAAGUGUCACCUUGCCACUUGAGGAAGGCGAUGUUGUCCUCAUACACUCUGUACACACCAACGGCUGGGCUGACGGUACUCUCUUGGCGACCGGCGCCAGGGGCUGGUUGCCGACCAACUAUUGCGAUGCCUACGAACCCGAGGAUAUGCGCAGCCUCUUAAAGGCGCUGCUCAACUUUUGGGACCUCCUACGGAGCCCAUCAGUAAACGACAACGAGAUUUUCAGGAACCAGGAGUUCAUGAAGGGCAUCAUAGCUGGAGUUCGAUUUCUGUUGGAACGCACGAACUGCCUGAACAGGGAAUCCACCAUCAUUCAGCGCAGUGACGGCCUAAGAAGAAGCCGCAAGUUGAUACUUUCGGAACUCUCGUCUUUGGUCAAGACGGCGAAGAGAUUACAGGAAUGUCAAAGAGGAACGCUUCAGCCACCACAAAAUAACAAUGACAUCGUCGAUGAGAUGAUCCUGAAGGCAUUCAAGAUCGUAAUCAAAGGCGUCCGGUUCCUGGAUGUCCUCGAGGAGGAACGAAGGGCUCGCGCACCGCCAGCAGUUACUGUCAUGGCCACUGUCGCGGAGGAAUCUUACAUCCCGCCUACACCUCCUGCCGAGCGCUUGGCCUUUGACGACCAAAGCCAGAGUAACGGCAGCGAGACGACAUCUCGCGGGACGGCCGACAGCGUUGUCGGUAGCAGCGUCACCUCGGAACCUGGCAUUGCAUCACUGCAUCCCUGGAAUAAGCGCAUGUCGUCACUAGGCGCUUCUCAGAGCUCGGCGAUCCAAAAUCGAUGGUCCCAAGGAAGUCUUCAACAGGGCAACCGCCUUUCCACGGGCAUGGCGCACAGGGUUUCCCUGGCCGGCCCAUCGCCCUUGUCGAGACCCCAGCACUUGGUGUCGGAGCGCCUCAACCGCAGCCAUGACAAAUUUCUCUCGCAUCUCGGAUCUUUCAUUGGGCGACUACACUUGCAAUCACACUCUCAACCGGAACUGGCACUCGCGAUCAAGCAAUCCGCCACAUCAGGCGGCGAGUUACUGGCAGUCAUCGACGGUGUUUGCGAGUACAACAGCUCCAGUGCCGCAUCGCUCUGUCAUGUCAGAGACGCCAUGUUGGGGCGGAUCCAGAUUUUGGUUCACUCUGCACGAGACAUCUUGGCUAAUGCCGCUACCGAAGUAGCUGAUAUCAUUCUGCCGCAGGACAAUGGCAUUUUGCUCCUGGCAGCCACCGGCUGUGUGAAAGCUGCUGGAGAGUGUGUCGCAAAGGCCAAAGUCGCGAUUGAGAGGGCUGGGGACUUCGAAUUCGAGCUGGAAGGCAAUACGCUUGGGAUGGACCUGACCAUCUUGGAUAUUGCCGUGGACGAGCGAGCGAGGACACCCUCGGCGAUGGAUCGAUCGAUUCAUCUGAUCAGCGUGGCAGAAUCGUUCCAGACCUGCGAGUCGACUGCCCAGCCUCAAAAACGACCCACUGCACCCGCUGUUGACAAGCCGCUUCCCCAGGUUCCCAGGAUCACCAUCCCCGCGGACUCGCACAGCCGCCAAAGUACCUCUCCAGUGUCCUCUCGACCCCCAUCUCUCAACGAAGACAAUGCUUCCAGUGUUGCAUCGUCGGUUUCGUCUAUUCGGCCUGUUCUACCGCCCCUUCCUGAGGUCUCUACAACGCCACAACCCCUGGAUCGCGAUGUGGCCGACAUUACAAGAAUUGAGUCGGAUGCGCAUAUCUCGCGAUUCGAUGCCUUGGCGGCCUCCAGCGCGGGUAGUAGUACGACCUACCUCAGUCGGGACUCGGAGACGAGCAUGAUGUCACAGGCGUCGACACGAGCGACGACGCCGGACCAUAUUUUGGUGCCUCGUAGCCAGCCCUCGAUGUCGGAACUGAGUACGAGCGGCAGCUUCUCUCAGGCCGAAGAGGCGGAUGACGUCGAAACGAGACUUCUAGAGAGGACAUAUGCCCACGAGCUCAUGUUCAACAAGGAAGGCCAGGUCACCGGCGGAUCACUCCCGGCACUUGUCGAGCGUCUCACCACCCACGAGUCUACGCCCGACGCGGCGUUUGUCUCGACAUUCUAUCUCACAUUCCGACUCUUUUGUACUCCGGUCAGGUUAGCGGAAGCUCUCAUCGAUCGCUUCGAUUACGUUGGCGAAUCACCUCACAUGUCGGGCCCCGUGCGUUUGAGAGUAUACAAUGCUUUCAAAGGCUGGCUUGAGUCCCACUGGAAGGAGCAGACUGAUCGGGACGCACUGCAGCUUAUGAUCCCCUUCGCGGAAGGAAAGCUGGCCUCGGUUCUGCCGUCGGCAGGGCGCCGCCUCUCAGAGCUAGCCAAGCGUGUUUCAGGGGAAGGAUCCCUAGUACCGCGUCUUGUCUCCUCAAUGGGCAAGACAAACACGGCCAUCGCUCACUUCAUUCCGGCUGACAGCCCAUUACCGCAACCUGUCAUUUCCAAAAGCCAGCAGAACUUGCUUACGUCCUUCAAAAUUGGCAGUGGCAUGCCGACAAUCCUUGAUUUUGAUCCCCUCGAGCUGGCACGGCAAAUCACUCUGAGGCAGAUGGGCAUUUUCUGCUCCAUCCAGCCGGAAGAACUGCUUGCCUCGCAGUGGAUGAAGAACGGCGGUGUAGACGCGCCGCAUGUAAAGGCCAUGUCAGCUUUGUCGACGGACUUGUCGAAUCUCGUUGCGGAGACCAUUCUUCAGUACGCCGAGAUCAAGAAGCGAGCCGCCGCCAUCAAGCAGUGGAUCAAAAUUGCCCACAAAUGCCACGAAUUGCAUAAUUACGACGGGCUUAUGGCCAUAAUUUGCAGCCUGAACAGUAGCACGAUCAGCCGCCUUCGCAAAACUUGGGACGCUAUUUCUGUCAAGCGAAAGGAGAUGUUGCGCACACUACAGGAGAUUGUGGAACCGUCCCAGAACAACAAGGUCCUGCGGACGCGACUUCACGAUCACGUACCUCCUUGCCUGCCUUUUCUGGGCAUGUACCUUACGGAUCUGACCUUUGUGGACAUUGGCAACCCCGCGACGAAACAAAUGUCCCUGGGUACCCAGUCGGAAGAGGACAGCACAGGCGGCCUUACCGUUGUCAACUUUGACAAGCAUAGUCGCACUGCCAAGAUCAUUGGCGAGCUGCAACGGUUCCAGAUUCCUUAUCGUUUAGUGGAAGUCUCUGACAUGCAGGACUGGUUGGCUGCUCAGGUGCGGCGCGUGCGCGAGGGUGACCAAGGAAAUGUCCAGGUCACUUACUAUCGCAAGAGUCUCCUCCUCGAACCACGCGAGAGCAACCCUCGACGUGAAGCCGAGCCGCCAACCCCUGUUUCAUCAGGGGCUGGGAGCUCGCGCACUGACCUAUUUGGCUGGAUGUCUCGUGACCGAAGCGGACAAACCCCUACACCAGCUCCUGUAUAGCCUGAGGAGCUGCUGGUAUCCUGCUAUCCCCACAACCACAUGGCCUUUCCGGCGAUAGACGAUCGCCUCUCGGCGCUGGAUACAACCCCAUCUAGCCUCUCUCCUACCCUUUUCUUGGCGCACAUAUUCAUAAUCGGCACCUACCUUCGAUUUGAUACCCGGAUUGUUAUUGUCCCCCUCCAUUUCUUACUCUGCGUUAUUGUGUCGCGCCUGGGGCAUUUUGUGACUUUACUGGUACCUGGCGAGAAGCCAAAUGGUAUGGGAUCGGAUCGGCGUUGGCCUGGGAUAUUGUGUCUGUAUAUGGGUUUCCGGAAACGACGGACGCGCGAGCAAGCGUACAUGGUGGAGAAAAAUAUUUUGCUGUCACGAACGGACUUGAGGCCAAGUUAUUCUUAUACCCAGGGCAGCACAAAAGUUGGUCGACAGUGUUCGGCUUUGAAAGCAAGUUCUUUUUAGAUGUAGGAUGCGCGGCAUAUCGGGCGAUGACUCUGGGCAUUGCGACCCAGAAACACUUGCAUGGACGGAGCGGGUCGCAUGCUGUAACGAACAUGUGGCGCUGUCAAAUGGCUGGUUGGAAGCAAGGAAAGAACUGGAAACGCAAGUAGUGGCGUAACCACGAGAGUUUUGCUUUGACGGGUCAAGUCUAGGCUAAGCAAGAAGAGAACACGAAGAGUCUACCGAACGUCUCAGUUUCUGGUUCGAGCGUGAGAUAAGCGACUCAUUGUGCGAUUUGACGGGCACAGCGAACGGGAGUCAAGAACAUCUGAAGGAGGCACUCACCAAGCGGUUACGUAGGAACUAGCACGUGGAGUAGGUACGUCGCACCAAGUGAAGGGC